AGUUUAACAAAACAAAACCCCGGCAACGCUACUUCCUCUUACCCCGGCCAACAGACCAAAAGGAUUUGUAUUUUCCCGAGUGUCCACGAAGCUGCUGAUCCCAGCUCCUCAUCGAAAUAACCCUGGCAGGGUGUGCUAGGUUGGCAGUGCUGUGUUAUCACUAUCGGGCCUGAGAUCUGGCAGGAAGUGGGCUGCCUCACGUACCGAAUUUGCGAAACGAUACAUACGUGCCGCAGUGAUGAGACAAACGGAUGGAAUUAUAGCAUGUUUUCUGGUCGUGGCCUUGUUGCCAUUCCUAUCGCUCGGAGAUGCCCCGAAACCACCUUCGUUUUCCACUGGAGGAGGCACCAAGAAGGACAAAUUAAAGACUGAAAAGCUACCACCCUGCAAGGCGUGCACAGUGUUGGUGAACUCGUUUCGCGAUGGCAUCAAGCGUACGGAACGUGCCAAGCACGACGGCGGUGACGCAGCCUGGGAGGAGGAACGGUUGGGUAGCUACAAAACUAGCGAGCUGCGGUUAGUCGAAAUACAGGAGCGUCUUUGCACGGAUGUGGUACGUGGUGAAGAUCAGUGCCAUCAGUUGGCGGAAGAUUAUGAAUCCCUGAUAGAAGAGUGGUGGAAAAACUAUCAAACCACUGAUCCGGAUUUGCACCGAUGGUUGUGCGUGGAACAGGCGACCGUCUGCUGUGCAGAUGGGUUUUACGGACCGAAGUGUGACCCGUGCCCGACAUGCUUCGGCAAUGGAAAAUGUAAAGGAAAUGGCACACGCAAGGGCAACGGAAAAUGUGCCUGUGACGAAGGAUACACCGGCGAUAACUGCGAUAGUUGCACGGAGGAGUACUAUCAGGCGUUCCGGGAUGAAACGAAACUGCUGUGCAGCCGAUGCCAUGGUGCGUGUGCUGCCGGUGGUUGUACCGGCGCGGGACCGAAUGCAUGUCGGGUGUGUCGUAGCGGAUGGGUGAUGGACAGUGCCCGGGGAGGCUGUGUGGAUGUGGACGAAUGCAUAAAAGAGGCACCAUGUACAAGGCAACAGUUUUGCGUUAACAACGAAGGGUCGUACAGCUGUUUGGAAUGUGAUAAAUCGUGCGAUGGCUGCAACGGGGAUGGUCCGGAUUUGUGUGAAAAAUGUGCCGCUGGAUACGAGCUAAGAGAUGGAAUGUGCACAGAUACGUCCAACGAGAAGCGUAAUCAGUACGCCACCUUUACGCGUUACCUAACCUACCUCGGUCUGUGCAUUGCCACUUGCAUCGUGCUACAGAACUCGACCUGGCUAGCGGCGCUGGUUGGAUUAGCCGUUGCAGUCUACAUUUCCGUUUCGGAGUACUGGCUCAACACUGCCCCACAACAACCGACGGCACCUUCGCCACGCAUUUUAGACGAGAUUCUUCAACAGCAUUAAAAAUAGAACUUCUCCCAUAAUUACCUAGGUCCGUGGGAGGAAUCACAUUGAACGGGUUGUGCUGCGAGGGACGUAGAAUCGUCCAUUGGCUCAAUUUUAUCUGCACCCAUAAUUAUAAAGCGUUAUGCGCAAAACUACUAUCAUCGACACGUGUAUGGAUGGUGAUUAUUUUUGGAGUUGUCCUAGGGCAACUUAGAGCUGAGCAUUUGCAUCCUCAAGCACAGACGAACAUUAAUCUUCCAUACGCAGAAUAAUUCACCUAUGCUAGGCUUAUCAGAGAAUCAGGUAGCAUGAACAUCAACAAUUAAGAGUCUGAAUUAAAUGCAACAUGUAAGGGAUGUGGUGGUAUUAUAAAAUAAAGUAAACUUGACAAAUGGAAAACUUUACAAAGUUUCUACGGAUUAUCGUGGUUAUCGUUUCGGGUACGUUUUUCAUUCGUGUACUUUUUUUUUA